AUGGGCUUCGCCAUGGCGCCCGCCCUGAUCGUGCUAUGCAUGAUGGUCGCCGGCCUCAUGCUUGUCUGCUGCGGCUAUGCCAUACACAAAACCUUUGGAUUCCCGGCCAAUGGAAACGAGUUCAAGCCACUGAGUGAAGAGCAGUGGUCGUACAUGAAGGAAGUCAAGGCGCGGAAUAUGGAUAUGCUGGCGUAUGAGGGGCGGAUGGUGAAGAAACAGGGGAAGGCGGUACAUAUGGAUGGGUAG